GAUGCAAGUUGAUAGUGAAAAUUUCAUCGACAGUUCGAAUAAUCCUCAUUUAAUAGGAAAUAGAUAUGUAAACCUAUAAUUAACAUAAGUGUAUGAGGAGUAGAAGAAGGAAGAUUUAUGAUGAUGGAGAUUUUAAAGAAGUAGUCAAGAAUUUUUACGCCUUGAUAUCUGAGAUAAAUAAAAGUACUUUAUAUAUACUAUAAAAUAUCUAAGUUGCUAAUAAGAAAAUUCAAAAAACAGCACCUCUAAAAAAUAAAUAAUAAAACAAUGUUUAAAACAAAAAGCCUCUAUAGAAAAAACCUUAAUCUUAAGAUUUAAAGAAAACAGAUCUCUACAAUUUUAAAAAAGAGCCAAUAUAUUCUUAAGUUGCUUUUUAAGCUCAACCCUAUUUUAAUCAUCAGUAAUUUUAAUAGUUUUCCCAUAAUUAUAUGAACCCAUAUUAUAAUACUACACCAACAUAAUUAGUAUAAAUUAUAGAUAAAUCUAGUAAAUAAUUUCUAGAAAUUAACUUAACAAUGGAUAAUUAAAAAGAAAUUCAUUUCACAUUGCGAUAUCAUAUUUCAUAUAUAUCCAAUCUAAUGGCUAAGAACAGUAUGAAAGUAGAGAUCCUACAAUGAAUGCCAAAAGAAAAAUGAAAGAAACUAAUUCAGAUGUUAUAAAGGUAUUAAUUUCAAAGAUAUUUUGUUAUUUUUAGUAAUUAGAUAAUUUUGUUAUGAAUGAAAGACAACCUCCAUUAUAAUAACGUACACAUUAAUAAAAUAACUAAGAGGAAUUAAAAGAAGAUAAAAUAGAAUAGAACAAUUUGAAUUGA